CCGUGCGCCCUCCGCGCAGGCGCAGAAGCCAAAAGGCGAGACGAGCUGCCCGCCGAGCGGGGCUGGUUCUCUCUUGUCUUCGUGAGGGGAGGCGGCGGCGGCGGCCGGAAAGGGAUUCGGCGGCCAUGAACGGCUUCGGCGCCGCGGCCCGGAGCACCAGCACCGCCGGCAGCGACACCCUGGAGAAAAUCGACAUGUCGUUGGAUGAUAUAAUUAAAUUGAACAAGAAAGAAGAGCGGAAACAGUAUUCCUCCAGACCGAAGAGAGGAGGAGUUAAGCAGAAUGGCGCUUGGCAGUUCAGGAUGAGGAGAACCAAGUGGGGAGUUCAGGACUACACAGGUUUUGGCAAGAACCGCUUGGGGCGGAGGAAGCGGAUGGCGGGGAAGAGGCGCCCCUAUGCCAUUAAAACUGGGUUGGCCGCAAGGAAAGCAUUAGGAGCUCACAAAGGCAUCAGCCCCCUCAACCGAUCGCCUCUCAGUGAAAAGAACGUACAGAGAAAAUACUCAGUUUUAAAAAGAAAGGCAACUCUUCAGAGGCCAUCCGAAUUACAGAGCAAGCAGGGACCCAUCCUCAGAAGACCCACCUUGUUAAACAGAAGAAAUAAUAUACAGUCCCCUUCUGCCAGAAUUGGAAGUAAGUUAUACCAGCAGAAAGACACACGCCAAGCAACAUUCCUCUUCCGGAGAGGCCUGAAGGUGCAAGCGCAAGUCCUCCCAGAAGAUGACGUGAAUGACCAGAGCGCUAAAAGAACCCGCCCGUGGCGGACAUCCACAACAAAUGGAGGAAUCCUGACAGUAUCGAUUGACAAUCCUGGUGCAGUCCCACAACCCAUUUCUUUGAAGCCAAGGCUAACCAGUACUCCUAUCCCUCCGUUUCUCAUGAAGAGGGACCAGUCGGAAGAGAAAAAGAUUCCUAAAGGAGUUCCAUUGCAGUUUGACAUCAACAGUGUCGGGAAACAGACAAACAUGACCCUCAAUGAGCGUUUUGGGAUCCUGAAGGAACAAAGGACGGCCCUCUCUCAGAACAAAGGCAGCCGUUUUGUAACUGUGGGCUAGGGUUUGUUCAAGAGACCCCAUCUUUCUAAGGAACUGAAUUCUCAGUGAACCGAAAAGUAUGGGAUAUGUUGGACCUUGUGUCAAGAUGUUGAUGAAGCUGAAUAUUUUUUUUAAAACUCGUUUUACUUUAAAUAGUUAAAAAGAAACACAACCCUCCCAUGACAGUGGAACGUAAAAAAGAGAAAAUGCAGUAUAGGUAAUAAGUAGUGUCAUGUUACCUGGAUGGAAACUAAACUCCAUGCAGUCCCAGGAAGAAGAGAAAAGACCAAUAGAAUCACCUUGGUUUCUUAAGGCCCAGUGGAUGUUGGAAUUAAUGUGGCAGCUGUUCAUUGCGCCACCCACCACUGCAAAGCGGCCACUUGUGUGUUAUUUGAUUGCCGGUUGCUGCCCAUGACUUCAUUACUAUAAAUCUGGUGAGGAGCACAGCCCUUCUUCCAGUUGCACUUCUGCUACUUAAGCUGCAAGGUCCUUGAUACUCUGAAACGCUGCAGUUCACCUGACACUGGAGUGCAAAAUGUUCGGAAACUGGGGCAGUAAAAGAACAGUGCAGAGUCACAUAGCUGUAACAGGCUGUUGUCACGUACUUUCAAGUGACAGCAUGCAGGCUUGAGGCCUCUCGCAGGACCAUAGCAUGAAUCUGGUCCCUGCGCGUAAGAAAUGAACACAUUGGUCUCUGUGGGGUAAAAAUUUAAGCCAAUGCAAGUUAGGUUAUCUGCUGCUUCCUUUGUUCCUUUAUUUUUAAGCUGCCAGUUUGCUUCCUGUCUUCAUUAGAGGAAACUAUGCUUUAGUGACCAUUUAAUGUUGCCAGAUAAAUUAUUUUGGAUGUUACUCUGUUGUGUUGUAAAGAUGUGCACUUUGUGACCCCUAUACUUAGCGGUAGUUUCAACAGGUGAGCAUCACAAAGAUUCAAGGGACUUUCCUGUUGUUUCAAGGGAUCAGAAGUGGUGGAGUUGACAUAUCAGCACACCCCCUACAUUUAACGUGCACUGGAUUUUUAAAAUUCAAAACUUGUGUCAAGGUUUUCAGGAUGGCCGCAAGGGUCAGGCAGCCCCAAGCUUCCCCUUCGGACUUCACUGAGAUUAGCUAUGUUCAGAGCACGAGCAAAAGCAGUGGGAUUGCCUGUCGCCUACUUUGUGGACUAAAUCGGUCUAUAGCGUUGAUGCUCAGAUAGAUAAAUGGAUACUAGAAGAUUUGCUGCAUCUCAGAAAACUAGUGCGUUUAACACAGUAUCUUUUUUUCCUAUUAAAAAAAAAUCCCAAGCAAUUAGUUUAUUGUAGCAUUCAAGAUAAAGAUCUCUUUGACAGUAGUGGGCCUUCUUCAGAGCAGUUUAAAACAGUCAUGUAUCCAUGACAAUUUAUUGUUCAGGUUCUUGUUUUUAAUUCUUCAGUAACUUUGCAAUAGAAUAACAUUUGGAAUAUAAAGUUUUUUUUUACUAUGUUAGUUGAUGUUCUGUUGAAGAAAUCCAUUAGAAUUGAAGUAGGCAGAAUGCUGAUCGUCAUCCUGUAUUAGAUUUCCACCAGGAUGCAACUAAAAAUAAAUAAAAAAUAAAAAAAGAAUAAAAUCCUUUUGCAUCAACAUGGAUGCAAAACAUUGAUGCAAUGCAUCUCAAGAGAGCUAGUUUGUAUUUAAGGAGAAUAUGCUUUAAAACUGUACCUUUUGGUAUUUUCUUUUUGAGAAGUUAAUACAGUUUGAUCUAUUCUAAAGCUGUCAAAACUUUUUUAAAAAUAAAAAUGUUACAAGUUUG